CAGAUGCGGAUAUUUCUUGGCAAUUUGACGCCCACUGCUCUGCGGUAUACUUGAGAAAGUCGGUGCUUUCAUCGCCUACAAGAAUUAUACACAACUGCAUUACUGUCACUUGCUGAAGUCCGGCACAUCUUUCGACUGAGGCAAGAGCGUCAACGCACUAAGACGAUUGAUCAUACCGUCAGGCCGCUGACAGCAACACCAUGGCGCAGAACGUUAAAUCCGGUGACCAGAAGUUCAGCCUGGCUAGGAACGACCUUAAGAUGGCGCAUAUCUACGAUGUCGGCAGUAAAGACAUUCAAACCGUGAUGGGGCGAUAUGUUGCCAUAGAGAAAAUGAAAAUUGCUUUGGGUGACCGCGUUAUCGAUUUCGGCUGCGGACCUGGUAAUCUCGAUUUCGACAUCGCGGACAUUGUAGGGGAGGAGGGGUAUGUCUUUGGCUUUGAUCCGCUCCCGGAUUGCAUUGACGUUGCACGCCGGAAGGUCACAGAAAAGUACGUGAAGAUUGUGAGGUUCGAGCUGGGAAAGGCCGAGGAUGUUCCGAAAUCCGCUGGCACUAAUUACGACCAUGCUGUAAUGAGUUGCAUGAUCCAUUGGACGCGGCGGGAUGAAGCGCUCGAUCAAGGUUUUAUGGUGCUGGGGAAAGGGGGAUGCGUCGGCAUUUCAGCGUUACCUGGAGACGUUGUCAACCCGUGGCGAGAGAUCAAGAAGAGAGUGUUGUCACAGAGGUCUUAUUGGCAGCUUGACUCUGAACAGGGUUUGCCACACCAUCCCACAGAGAUUGAACUCAAAAGCGACCUUGCCAAGGUUGGGUUUAUCGAUAUACAGAGCGAGGUGAAAACCCACCACUUGGCGUGGGCAGAUGCGGAAGCUCUCAUGCAGUGGCUUGAGGCGAGUACGUUUGAUAAUUUUAUUCCUAGGGGCCCUAAGAACACACCAGAGAAUGGGUUGGCGGAAAUUGAGGCACUACGACAGGUUGCGCGGGAGGCAAUGAAGGGAGUGUUCGAAAAAGAGUACAGGGUGGACAAGACAGAUGAGAACGACAAAAGAAUUGCAAUGGACAUGAAGGUUUUGUACGUCUGGGGCUAUAAAGGAUGAGCACUUUUCCUAUCAUCAUAGGUCAAUUUUGCGCCUUGAAAUGGUCAUAAAAAUACGAUCAAUUUCUCUAUCCUGA